GACUUUGCGGUUGGUGCCAGGCGGGGCAGUCGGCGGGGAGGCUGCCCGGCUGGGCUCCAGCAGCUCCGGUCCUUCCGAGGCGGCGUGAUUCACAAUGACCUUGUGCGGCUUCCCGCCACAGGAGAACAAAAGACCAGGAAAAAUUCGCUGGACACCAGGAGGCAGACCAUACAAGGAGUGAAAACUGUCCUGAAGGCAUCUGAUUGCACACCUGCAUUCCAUCUCAUUCCAACCCCACCAGCUCAGCCCCCAAACCCCACUGAUGACAAGUUUCCCACCAGUGACUGCAUCUAUAACUUGCUGUGGCUCCUCAAGAUGUCCACCUUAGUCUUAGGAUUCGGCCUGGUUUUAUUUAUGUUCAAAAGUAUGUACUUUCAUGAAGAGUUCAGCCUCCAACCAGUGCUCCCUCAUCCCGAUCCGGUGCUCCCUCGUUCCAAUCCGGCUGCCCAGAUGCCAAAGCUUCUACCCGAGGAACGUCUCCGGUCCCUCUUUUCCUACGAUGGAAUCUGGCUGUUCCCGAAAAAUCAGUGCCAUUGUGAAACUAAAGGCCAGGGCUACAACUUUGAGGGUGCCUAUGGCCAGAAAGACCUCCCUGCAGUGAAAGCGAGGAGACAGGCGGAAUUUGAGCACUUUCAGAGGAGGGAAGGGCUGCCCCGCCCGCCGCCCCUGCUGGCUCCGCCCAACCUCCCCUUCGGGUACCCGGUCCACGGGGUGGAGGUGAUGCCCCUGCAUACAGUUCCCAUCCCAGGUCUUCAGUUUGAUGGACCCAGUGCCCCCAUCUAUAAGGUCACCCUGACAGCUUCUCUGGGGACACUCAACACCCUCGCUGACCUCCCAGACAGUGUGGUGCGGGGAAGAGGCCAGAAGCAGCUGACUAUUUCAACCAGUGACCGGAAGCUUUUGAAUUUCAUCCUCCAGCACGUGACCUACACCAGCACGGUGUACCAGCACCACAGGGUGGAUGUGGAGAGGAAGCUCAGAGACCUGGUGACCAUUGCCACCAAAACGUUCCUCCGUCCCCACAAGCUCAUGACCAUGCUCCGGAGUGUUCGUGAGUAUUAUCCAGACUUGACCGUGAUCGUGGCUGAUGACAGCAAGGAGCCUUUGAAAAUUAAUGACAGCCACGUGGAGUACUACAGCAUGCCCUUUGGGAAGGGUUGGUUUGCUGGCAGGAACCUCGCCAUAUCUCAGGUCACCACCAAAUAUGUUCUCUGGGUGGACGAUGACUUUCUCUUCACCACCAAGACCAAGAUUGAGAAGCUAGUGGAUGUUCUGGAGAAAACGGAACUGGAUGUGGUAGGCGGCAGUGUGCUUGGCAACGUGUUCCAGUUUAAGCUGCUGCUGGAGCAGAGUGAGAAUGGGGACUGUAUUCAUCGGCGGUCAGGAUCUUUCCAGCCCCUGGACGGCUUCCCCAGCUGCGUGGUGACCAGUGGCGUUGUCAACUUCUUCCUGGCCCACACGGAACGGCUGCUAAGAGUUGGCUUCGACCCCCGUCUGCAGCGAGUGGCUCAUUCAGAGUUCUUUAUUGAUGGGCUCGGGAGCCUGUUCGUGGGUUCGUGCCCAGACGUGAUUAUAGGUCACCAGGCCCAUUCUCCAGAGGUGGACCUGGAGCUGGCUGCCCUGGAGAAGACCUACAGCAAGUACCGGGCCAAUACCAAUGCCCAGAUCCAGUUCAAGCUGGCUCUCCACUACUUCAAGAACCAUCUCCAAUGCUCCACAUAAAGGUGCCCGGGCAUCGGGAAAGCGCUAGGCUGACUGGUGUGGGCAUCUGGAACAGUGGAACCGGUGGUCAGGCUACCAAAACACGGACUCCUAAAAAAGAUAAAUAUCAUAAUAAACCAUAUAGUGUGUUUGGCAAAUGGGAUGGGUUCAAUUACUGGAAAGACCGAUCAAAGGCUAGAGGUCAUUAGGAAUGGACCAUUCAGGAGAAACCAAGAUGGCGGCAUAGGUAAACACUGGAAAUUGCUGCCUCGUACAACCACUUCA